CAGUCUCCUACAGUCUCCUACAACCUCCUACAGUCUCCCACAGCCUCCUACAGCCUCCUAAAGCCUCCUACAUACUCCUACACCAAGCUUUCCUAGAGACAAGUAGGCUAAAACAUGUCCCAAAAGGAAAUCAGUAUAUGUUGCCUAGUCAAAAGUGACAUUAUAAACAAAGGUGAAUGUUUUCUUGUCCGUUCUAAAUGAAGUGUAGGUAUUGGACCAUUGUAGCCUGCCUGUGAGACUGUAUGAGUGACCUACUGAUAGACCACUGCCAUGCACCCCUUUGAUCCGCGCUCACAAUCCAUGCAGACAAGUAGCCUACAGUUUGUACACGAGUGAGAACGAGAGGCACUGAAGAACAGUAGGAACCCAGCUGCACACACACACUAUCUAAUCCCGCCUGAUUUGUGCCUAGUCAGCUGCAGCUACGUGGCGUCUCAGGUAUAGGACGUAGAGACCGGAGCUCCCGCGAUACCGCACUGACCAGCGCAGACACGUCCUCGCCUCGGUUUCCACGUGGAUGCUGUCCUUUGACCAAAACAGAUGCCAGUUCGAUUACUUUCAAAAUACAUCUUUCUUUCAUUGUAUUACUUUUAUAAUUCCCCCUCUACAUGAGGAUAUGUAUUAUCUAAAGUUAACAAAGCUAGAUAUAUGUAAUCUUGGGCUCCAUAUAGCUUCCAACUCUCCUGUAUUGUCAGAUUAGUGAUUACUUUAAAGAAAGGGAGGAAGGAAGGAUGUAUUUUUAAUUAUUGCCCGCGGCCCAGGGCUCUCGCGGCUGCGCAGUGCAGUGUAGAUAUUACCGGAGGGCGAGUGGGUUGGGCUGAAUGGUAGAAUCUUCCGCUAUGAAUUCACAAUCGGAAUUGACAACAGGACGUUAGGAUGCGUUUGUUUUUCUACUCAUCAAACAGGCCAACAGGUGCGUCGUUAGAGUCUGGCGCGGACAUGCUGGUGACAGGUAUGCUAUCCCUGCUCCUGCUCGCGCACCAGUGUGUGUCCGCGCCACAGGUGCCUGAGGACCAAAGAGUACAGUCAGUAGGAGCCCUUCCCCCUUUCACACUGGCCAAUCCCUUCGGCUCUGGAGAGGAGGACCGCAGGCUGCUGCAGAGCUACAUCAAGGCCAACGUAAAGGAGGGACAUGGAGGACCGGAUAACACCUGGGAACAAGAGGUGUUCUUCCUGUUCAGUCUCCAUGACUACGACCGCAGCGGUCACAUGGACGGCCUGGAGAUAAUGAAGCUGCUCUCUGAAUACAACUCCCACAAUGCACCUGGAGAACAGUCAGCUGAGACGGUGGUGGCCAUGGUAGACUUUCUCCUGCAGACUCAGGAUCUAAACCAGGACGGUCUAAUAGCUCCCCCUGAGCUUCUCUCUCCACCCAAACUGCAACAGCCAGACGCUAACUCCCAGGGUGCACCUGAACAGGAAGGGGGUGUAGAUGUGGAAGAGGGAGUCAACGUUGAGGAACCAAAACAAGAAGCAGAGCAGGAAGAGGAAGCAGAGGAACGGCUCAUUGAGGAAGACUCAAGGCCAGGAGAUGGACAGUAAAUUAAGACAUGAACAUUCUAUACAGGAAAAGGACCACAUAUCCCAUAGGCCACUGCUGCUGAUCAUGAGCAACAAAGGCCUGCUCCUGUACUACAUCAGGGGCAACCUGAGAUGUAAACAAAAGAAUACAAACAGCACAACUUUAAUAAUUCCAUCCCAGAGAGUUUGGUCAGCCAGUAGCAGGAGCCUGUUCACUGACAUGCAGAGUUACCCAAUCACAGCCUCUCAUCCCCCUUUCAGGGUCUUGUUUCAGUUCAAAGCUGAUGGAUUGUGUGCUUUUUUGGUACAAAGUCAAGGUGUUUAAGCUGCUGUUAAAUUUCAACAUUGCUCUUCUGAACAAGAAACUCAGGUUUGAAUAUGUUCUGUCCCAAAAGAUACACCUUACACUGCUAAAUAGCAGCUUGGCCAUUUGGUUGUCACACUUUUUGCAGUAAGUAGUUACCCUGUUAGAGCAAUCCAAAUGAAGCCAUAUAUUAGAAUGAAAGUUCAGGAAUAUGUCAAGUGCAAUUCCUUUCAACAAUACUUGGGAGUAAAAGUAUUCCCCUUCCCAGAAUACACUGCAGUUCAUCCCCCAUGGAUGCAAAAGGAAUGGACAGAGUUAAGAAAUGUGGAAAAUCCCUGAAGCUCGUGAUUUGGGCUCCUCAUUACUGCAUUUGAGGGACAUUGGUUUUUACUGGUAGCUCAGGUCAAAAACCUUGGUCCCUUUAUGCCACCUGUAAACUAAAACUUGAGUUGUACAAAGACUUGCUUCCCUGCACAGCCCCAAUGCAGAGUCACCCCACUUCUCCCAGAGUUCCUUUCAGAUCCAUGAAGGGACAACACGUUGGGGGAGAAGGGACAUCUGCAAUUUAGAAUCUUUAGAUUUCAUGUAAUUAAAGAAAUACAUUGGGAAUUUAUUUAAGAAACAAAUGAAUAUUUGGUUUGCGGUACGUUUUUUCCUGAAUUGGAGGUUUGUAUAUUUAAAACAAAAUAAAGCUAAAACAAAUGCUAA